AUGGGGCCUCAGCACCAGAAGGGAGAGGCACUCAAGGAGUAUAGUGUAGAUUUGACGGAGAUGGCUAAAAAGGGAAAAUUGGAUCCUACCAUUGGCAGAGAUGAAGAAAUUCGGAGGACGAUACAGAUCCUAUCUCGCCGAACUAAAUCCAAUCCUGUGCUUAUUGGUCCUCCUGGUGUUGGGAAGACGGCUAUCUUAGAGGGGCUCGCGAGCAGAAUAGUAGCUAAAGAAGUGCCUGAGUCAUUACACAACAAGCGCGUCCUUUCCAUCGAUCUCUCUGCCAUAAUGGCCGGAUCCGGUAUACGUGGACAGUUUGAAGAAAAAUUCAAAGCCCUCAUUCGAGACAUCGAGGACGAGGCUAGGAAUGUCAUAUGCUUUAUUGAUGAAGUUCAUACAUUGUUCAAUCUUGGUAAAGCAGAAGGGAGUAUUGAUGCUGGCCAAAUGAUCAAACCAGCGCUCGCGCGAGGUCUGCAGCUUGUUGGUGCUACUACUCGUGACGAGUACCGCAAAACUAUCGGUAAAGAUGCGGCACUUGAGCGAAGAUUUCAACCGGUUCAAAUUGAUGAGCCUACUGUAGAAGCCACGAUAUCAAUUCUUCGAGGACUGAAAUCGAGGUAUGAAGUUCACCAUGGUGUUGAGAUAUCCGAUGCCGCCCUAGUUACAGCUGCCGUAUAUUCUGCGCGUUACAUUUCGGAUCGUUUCCUUCCCGACAAAGCAAUAGACCUUGUCGAUGAAGCGGCAUCGGCGCUUCGCCUUGCUCAAGAAUCGAAACCAGAUGAGCUUGAGGCACUGGACCGAGACAUCAUGACCCUGCAGAUCGAGCUGGAAAGUUUGAAAAACGAGUCAGACAUCUUCAGCGUUGAGCGCCGACAGAAAGUGGAAGCUGACCUCGCUGCAAAGCGUGAAGAGGCUUCCAGAUUGACAUCAAUAUGGAAAACUGAAAGGGCGAGGCUUGACCGCAUAAAGGAUCUUAAAGAACGUUUGGAAAAUGCGAAACAUCAGCUCGAAGUGGCGCAGCGGCAGGGUCAAUACGAACUGGCCAGUCGACUACGUUUCUCCACCAUCCCUGAGUUAGAGCGUCAGCUUCCUGACGAGAGUGCUGAGCGUCCUGAUGGCGAGUCGGAGUCGCCCUUAGCCAUGCUUCAUGAUAGAGUCACGUCCAACGAUAUCGCCAGAGUAGUUGCAAAGGCCACUGGCAUCCCAGUCCAGAGUCUUCUGAAAGGAGAAAGGGACAAGCUCGUGCAUAUGGAAGAUACGCUAAGACAAAGGGUGGUUGGGCAAGAUCAUGUUGUCCGUGCAGUUAGUGAUGCUGUACGAAUUUCACGCGCUGGAUUGCAGGUGCCUAAUCGGCCCGUCGCUUCUUUCUUGUUUUUGGGGCCCACUGGUGUUGGCAAGACUGAACUGUGCAAGGCCCUUGCCGGUUUUCUAUUCAACGACGAACACCGUGGACUCAUCAACAUCAACAUGUCAGAGUAUCAUGACCGGCACACGAUAUCCAGGCUCAUCGGAGCUGCCCCUGGUUACGUUGGGUUUGAAGAAGGAGGUCAACUAACGGAAGCUGUAAGAAGAAAACCUUACGCUGUUAUUCUACUGGACGAGUUGGAGAAGGCCCACAAGGAUGUGACCAUGAUUCUACUCCAAAUUCUGGACGAGGGGAGCAUCACGGAUAGUCAAGGGAGAAAAGUGGAUUUCAAGAACACAAUUAUAUGCUUGACUAGCAAUUUGGGUAUCGAUAUUCUUGCUCAUUCGACCUCUUGCAAUGAGGAUGGCGUUGUCACACCAGAUGCUAGAGAGGAAGUUUUCGAACGUACCUCUUCCUACUUCCCUCCCGAGCUGCUGAACCGGUUGGACACGAUGCUCGUCUUCAAUAAGUUGUCUCGCCAAUCAAUCCUCCAAGUCGUGUCGCUUCGACUAAAUGACGUAGCCGAUAGGCUAAAAAACCGAAGAAUAACGUUGGAUGUGGAUGAAGAUGCCAGGGGGUGGCUAGCCAAACAAGGGUACUCGGAGAUUUAUGGUGCUCGGGCUAUUGCGCGGGUUGUCCGAACUGACGUGUUAUUUCCGUUGGCGCAAAAGCUGCUCAGAGGUACCAUCAGAGAUGGUGAUACUGUGGUCAUUCGCACAAGCAGUGAAGGAAAAACUUUGCUCAUCCAAGAUAACCAUCCUGAGGAUCCUAGUGUCGCCUCUGAAGCAGCUGCCACAACAAGUAAAGAUCUUCAAUAA